UGGUUACUGACUACUGGCAAGCAGUUCAAUGGUGGUGGAGCAAAGUGUUCUGUGUGAAAAUACUCACCCCAUGACUUAUGAGACCUCCCAUUUGAUCACAAAGCCUGCUGCUAGCCAGACUAAACCUAAUAAACUCAAUAACUUGGAGUCCAAUGCAAAGACAGGCAGUGAACUCUUUUUCAAUGGAUGCUCGGAUGGAAUUCAGUCCAGUCCUGCAAUGGUCUGCAGUAGUUUUACCAUUGCAGAGAAUAACUCUGAUGAAACUCUGUACAAGAUUGCCUCUCAGAACCAUCCUGUCCUCUUGAGCUCAAGCAUGAGCAAGCUUGCCAUCAUUGAUGGCUAUCAGGAUGUGAUGAUCCUAUGUGAGCGUCAGUCACUUGCUGCUCACAGGAUUGUCUUGUCGGCUGCCAGUAGCUUCCUCAAAACUAUAUUCCAGAGCCUGACAAGUGACGGUGUGCUGUGUCUCACCAUCGAGGGGGUGAAGUGGUCCACGUUAUGCCACAUCAUGCAGUACAUCUAUGUUGGCCAGACAUACAUCCAGAAGCAGGACAUGGUUGACUUCAUUGCUGCUGGUCAAUCUCUGGGCAUUUGUGGGCUCAAGGACUUGCACGAGUAUUUGUUGGAUGCACAGCAAGUUUCUGCUGCUGAGUCUUCAUUGACUUGUGAACCGGUUCAGACUGAGUCUGAACUGGUGUCGAAUGCAGUGAACAGCCCAAGUGAUGCAGACAUGGCCAACAGUUCAGAAGAUAAGUCCGACAAAGCAUCAAUCAUUGGUGCUCUGAAUGAUGCUCCUCUUCAGUUCCAAACAAGAAAAGAGCUUGCAUCUCCAUCUGAUGAAUCUAAUCGUGCCACCAGUCCAGAGAAGAGGGUAGCCAAGACUCAAGCAGAAAGCUCUCGUUCUUCUUGUGGAACACAACUCGCUUCAUCUACAGAAAUAAUGCCAAAGAAAAUUGAUGAGUCAAUUUUUGUGGAUGUUCCAGCUGUUGUUGAAGCUGACAAAAACAGAAUGCUUCCCAAAUAUCCCAUUGAUACUCAGUUCAGCAAUGAACCUCCCAGGAAAAUGUUUAAAUCAUCUGCUGAAGAUCGCUUGUACGAUCGCUAUACCGGUACAGAAGCACAGUCUGAAAACAAGCAUGAUAAAACUUCUCACUAUAGCUCAACUGAACCGGGUGAAAAUGAAUUGUCUAUGUCUGUGAAAGCUAACGUUUCGUCGUCGAUCAGCUCCAAUAUAAAUUUUGCCGAGAGUAGCUUGCUUUUGCGAGACACUGCUCUGCAAAUUGGAAAUAUUAAGUGUGAUCCUUUGAAAGUAUCUCUUGAUUGUCAAGAAGCUACAAGCAACGGUGUCAUUCCUGCUGCAACUCCAUCAUUAGAUCCCGUCAGGUCUCAUUCUUUCACGACUGAACCUUGGUGCCUAAGACCCAGCAUUUCAUUCCCAUCUGAAAACAUCUCUGAUGCCUCUGGGCUGAAAUUGAACGAGGCUCCGUUAUCUAUGCUUCCCGAUAAUUCAGAUGCUAAGAUGUUGCGUCCGAUAAACGGGACUGCGCCACUCUCAAUCCUUCCUCCACUGCCAGCUAGAAAUCAGCUUUCACUUGAAAAUGAGCAUUUUAUUCCUAAUUUAGCAGGGAAUACAUUAUUUUCCGCAAAAAACAUUUUCUCUCGACCAAUUUCUAAACAUGUUAUAAGCGAUGCUCUUUAUCCAGAAAAAUUCAAUCCUCAUUGUGAAGGUUCCAAUCAGAACCAAAACAAUGGUUUUUCCAACCAUGGUGCCCAAAUAAGCCGUUUACUCUCAUCUUUAGCUGCACAAAGCUUGGCAAACCAACAAGCAGCGCAGGAAAUUGAGCGUUCUGACAUCUCAAAUUCUAUAAACCAACAAGAUAAUACAAUUGUCAAUCGCGACUUGCAGCACAAAGCUGUUGACGGCGCGACAACUAUACCAAUGGGCAACCAUGAUUCCUCGAAGAAAAAUCUUGCACACUUCAAUGGAAUUUCCUCCAUUCAGCGUCACAUUGCUCAUGGCCUGGACAGGUUUGAUGAUUCCGGGACUGUUAAUACUGGUGGCAUGGCGCCGGGCAAGCCCGUCAGCGAAGGCAGAGCAUCUGCACAAGGCCACAAAUUUGCUACUCAGGAGGAGAUCGACGCUGUCUUGGAUCAGUAUCAGCGGAAGCUGGCCUUCCACGAGCCGCGGCCCUGCCCCUCCUGUGACCGCAUGUACCGGGACGCCGCCACCCUGCGCACUCACCUGGGCAUCAUGCACACCCCUGGCAGUGAACCUUACCAGUGUUCAUGCGGGGCGCAGUUCAGAACCAAGUACGAGAUGUACCAUCACAAGAAGAACGGCCAUUAUCUCACCCCUACCCUUCAAUGAAGCUGAUCGUGCUUUCCAUUCACGAGGGUUCAUUGCCCUUCACGUGCCUUUAUUCUAUUUCAUUAAUUUCAUACUUAAUACUAAGGGCAAAAAUUGUGCUUCAUUUUUGCAGUUAUCUCCAGCGGACGGCAUUUUAUUCGUCUUUCCCUUUAAAUCAAUGAAAGAAGAGAACAUUAAUUUUAAAUCGUCUACCACCACGACCAGUCAAGCGGAUCUGGCGGCAUUAUGAGAUUAUAAGAAUUGUUCGAUAUUAGCUGAGCGUAUCCGAAAAUUGUUCCUAAGCGCGAAAUAAAUCGCUAGAUUCUUGUUAUAAAAUCUCUGCUGAAUCCUGAUCUUUGAUAGAGCCGUGGUGCUCUUUGCCUCAACUAAUGACUAAGCCUUUUUUAUUUAUUUUUUGAGAUAUGUUAACUAUAGUGGAGCUGAGUCGGAACAUUGCAUUCCAAGAUAGGUUCGUCAGAGCUCUUGUAUGUGUGUUUUUCAUUUCGCUGAUGUAGUUUUUUUAGAAAUUAGAAUUGGGCAUUACUAUUGUGCCUCGGAUUCUCCAGAACCCGUUUCUUUGAAAUAUGCAGCAAAGAUUACGGCUUCUUUAUUUUUAUUCUCGGACUUUUAAUCUUACGUUUGUGGAACGAUGAUGGUUGAAUUUUUUGCUGUAAUGAUAUGCAUUCUAGUAUAUACUCGUGCUGCAAUCAUGCUUAUAACGAGGAUUCUCACACAGUUGAUAUGAUUGUCUUCACUCAUUAGUCACACCUCAGUAAUUAAAUGAAGUUGAGUUAGAAGUAGUUAAUUUCGUUGGCUGCUGGAAAUUUUACUCACGAUUGGUCGCGUCUAAUUUUGAACCUCUAACUACGCAUGAUUUGUGCCUUUGUAAGGUGUGUGGUCUACACAUGAAUAUAUGGGCUAAUAAUAUGGGCCAAGCCCAUGAUUAUCAGAAGUCUAAGUGGUUAAUCUUUUGUUUAUUUAGAGGGAGGCGAAUGUGUUAGUGUACUCGUUAUAUGAUCCUGACGUCUUGCAUAUGUGUUCCUUUGUUGUUUCUAAUUAGAGUUAAGAUUAUAUUAUUUUUAUAGAAAACUUUUGUUACGUACAAUUUAAUUGAUAUGGUCUACCUCUGAAGGCAUUCUCUACCUAUGGGCAUUUCUGGUUAAUUUUACGUCGUUUUCGUUUUUACAACAGUUCCUUGGUACAGAGUUAACUUAAAAUAUGAUAAGAAACAACUUACUAUCACUUAUAAGACGUGAGCUCUACUUGUAUUCUCAGCCAAGACUUGUUACCAACAGGUGAGCUUUGUGGUAUCAGUGAUGCGCCGUGCAACGCAGGCAUGUCGAUAAGGCAUUUAACUAUCAUAUGUCCGUCCUGUUCAUUCGCUACUUCCAUUUACUUCUCCAGUUUGCAGGAGCAUCUGAAUAAUUGUAUGUUUUCAGUGUAUUUACAACAGCAAGGUGCCAGUCGUGAAUGCACUAUUGGUGAUUUGUACUAGUAGAAAUCGGAUGGUGUUACCACUGUGCAUCUCAUUGAAUGUUGGUCUCUCGUUUGAACUUGUAAGUCUCGUAGAAUUUUGGUUAUGAGAUGGGACGUUUAAUCGUGAUAUUUCUAAUUUCGACCAGUGGCAUUAAUUGUCAACCUUUCAUGAAUAAUUUUCAGUUGUCUAACAAACCGUUUGUGACUUAUGGAUAGACUAUGCUAUUUCGCUUGAUGUCCGCAUGAUCGUUAUGUUUCAUAUGCAAUUUGUUUGAUUUGUAUUUCAGCUGAUCUUCUCGCCCUUAUUGAUGAACCCAGAUUCUUUUUAGAGGCAUGUGAAUUUUAAUAACACCUCUAGUUCUUUUCCGUAAUUACUAAGAUACGUCAGUAGACGUUGUUCCAGUUUUUGAACGUUACCACACACGAUCAAUUUGUGUGUCGCUUCAUACGAAUUAUCUGUUAUUAGCGACAGUGAAGGACUCACGGGUUUUCGAUGAAGUAAUUUCUCUAUGUCCUGUCUGAAGUUAUAACUGCUGACUCGCAUCAUCUAACCGAACGCCAUUCUUCUGCUCGAAUGUUCUAUGAGCUACCAAGAAAGUCGACUUGUACGUUAAUGAUAAAGAUAUCUUGUAACGCGACUGCCUGCUUGUAACGCGACAGCCUGCUUGUAACGCGACUGUCUGUUUGUAACGCGACAGCCUGCUUGUAACACGACUGUCUGCUUGUAACGCGACUGUCUGCUUGUAACGCGACUGUCUGCUUGUAACGCGACAGCCUGCUUGUAACGCGACUGUCUGCUUGUAACGCGACUGCCUGCUUGUAACGCGACAGCCUGCUUGUAACGCGACAGCCUGCUUGUAACGCGACUGCCUGCUUGUAACGCGACUGUCUGCUUGUAACGCGACUGCCUGCUUGUAACGCGACUGUCUGCUUGUAACGCGACUGUCUGAUUGUAACGCGACUGCCUGCUUGUAACGCGACUGCCUGCUUGUAACGCGACUGCCUGCUUGUAACGCGACUGUCUUCUUAACGCGACUUGUAACUAAGCUCAGGGUUUGAGUUGUGAGAGCAAGUAAUAAGACGGUUUGUUUGAAAGGUGUAGCGCUUGAUUAACAGGCCACAUCAGGCCUACACUUCAGCGCCGAGAUCACUAUUUUAACACCUUAGCUAAUUUCGUAGAAGUUGUUUUAAAUACUGGGCAUUUGGUGGUUCAAAUAAAAUUUAGUUGAUAUCCGUUUUUUAAGUGAAUAUAAGGGUAUACGUGAUUAUUGUAUUUAUAAUUUUGCAGGGACUGAACUUUUCUUUACUUUCUGGAGCAAAUUAAUGUGGUUAAUUAAGAUGGUCGAGUAAAUAAAUAGGGACACAAAAUUUCUUAUAAUUUAGUUUGUAGGUUUUAUUAUAUAGUUUUUAUUACAUAUUUUUUAAACCGGGAACUAAGAUUUUCAUGGUUCGUACAAACUUCUCUGCGCACUUCAGACCAGUUGCGUCGCAUAUCUUCUUCCUGAUAUUAUUAAUGGUUUUGUUCAGGUGCAUUGUAAAGAAUAAUCUCACAUAUACUUUUCUACGUA